GGCCCGCGGUGUCGGGGGGCACUGGGAGGCGCACCGGGGACCAGUCUAUGCCGUUCCCCGCCGAGCCUGGGGCGUGAGGGCAGCACUGGUGACAGGCAGGGCCUGGGAUCUUCUCCAGAGCCCAACAAAAGCAGUAGUUGGAAUUGGAUGAUCUUUAAGGUCCCUUCCAACUCAACCGUUCUUUGGCUGGAGAGCUGCCUAGAGAAGGACCUGGGGGUGUUGGUUGACAGCCACCAUGAGCCAGCAGUGUGCAUGAGUGGCCAAGAAGGCCAAUGGCAUCUUGGCUUGUGUCAGAAAUGGCGUGGACAGCAGGUCCAGGGAGGUGAUUCUGCCCCUAUACUCGGCACUGGUUUAGCUGUGAGCGCCCGCCCCAGCAAUGGACAGCGAAGUGCAAAGGGAUGGCAGAAUCCUGGAUCUAAUUGACGAUGCAUGGAGAGAAGAUAAACUGCCUUACGAGGAUGUGGCCAUCCCGCUGAAUGAGCUUCCUGAACCAGAGCAAGACAAUGGUGGCACAACCGAGUCUGUGAAAGAGCAAGAAAUGAAGUGGACAGAUUUGGCGCUCCAGUAUCUCCAUGAAAACGUUCCACCUUCAGGAAGCUAGUGAAUCAGUGAGAUUUCAUGCAGCGGAUGCAUGAAUGCAAUAUAAAAAGUGUUCUUCAGCUGACUAUUGCUGUCAUAAGCUUUGCCGAAGAGGAAACAUUUCUGGAAAAGGCUGGGAUUCAGCCAGUGGUUCUGAUUACCGUGACCACACACAGUUUAAAAUGAGUGUGAAAUAACAAUUACUAUCUGACACCCCAGAGUUGGUAUCAGAAUGUUUCUCUUAUGUCAGAUUAUUUCAUAUAUUUUGUUAAAUUAUUCUUCAAUUAAAUUGUUCUUAAGUGCCAGUUAUGAUAUUACAUGUUUUCUACAUGUGAUAAAAGAAUUAGUUUUUACUGUC